AUAUUAUAUCAGGGACAAUCAGCAAUUGACGAUGUGUUCGGACAAGUAAAGGAAAAAAAUUACGGUAAAAUAUAUGCAGACAAGAUGAAGAGUGUAUCAUCUAGUAGUCCAUAUCAUCAAGCAUAUCGUCGUCCAGGUGUACCGCAUUCAGACUGGUGUCGGUAUAAAAUGAAGGGCAGCAACAGAACGCUGGUAAAGCUGCAUUACGAUAUGGUGAUAGACGAGAGAACAUUCAAGGAUGGUUUCAGAAAAGAUUUCAAGCACAAGAGUGUUUCCUGCGAGACACAUAGCGUUGUUAGUCAGACUGCAAAUCGUCGAAGAAGAAUCGCAUCAAAAAUCGAGGCGAACCGCUGGCCCCUCGAAAUACCGUAUCAGAUAGACAAGGGAUUUGAUUUCAAGGCAAUCCUGACCAUUAGGACAGCUAUGGAUCACUGGAACAGACACACGUGCUUACACUUCGUAGAACGGACAGACCAAUACGACCAUAUCAGAUUCAGCCCUGACAUAGGCCGCUGCGAGUCGUUUGUAGGGAGACUAACAGGGCCCCAAUACAUCUCCCUGGAUCCGCAAAUUUGUAUGACGGUGCCGAUCAUUUUACACGAGAUUGGGCACGCCAUUGGUCUAUACCAUGAGCACAUGCGGGAAGACCGUGACAAUUAUCUCACUGUAAAUUAUAAAAACAUUAGCCAGGAAUACUACGACCAAUUUAUUACGUUAUCCGCGGACCAAUAUCUCGAUUUUAACAAGCCGUAUGACUAUCACAGCAUAAUGCAUUACGGCAAACGUUUUUUCGCUAACCCAAGCGAUGCUAUUUCAAUUGAACCGACUGACAAAACGUACUUGGAUAUUAUUGGAGAAGCACAACACCUCAGCUUCCAUGAUGUACAAAUUGUGAACGCCAUGUAUAAAUGCUCAGAAAAGUGUGCUAACGUAGAAUGCCCGAAGGGUGCAUUUGUGGGGAAAAACUGCGAAUGCUUCUGUCAAGGACCUCUAAAAGAACCUGUCCGACGAUGCAAUGACGAAAUGCCAUCAGUGUUCUGUGAAGCCCCGGAUAUCGACUUAUCCAAAAACGGGGUUUACUCAAUCGAAUAUGUAGAACUGAAGGUUUUGUCUGGUAUUCGGUACCGGGACGGAACUGUUCUCAUAGUGGAGAAUCCCCGUUGCUCCGAAAAUGAGACCGGCACAUAUACCUGUCAAAGCGGCCACUGGGUUGUGGAUGUUAACUGCAAACCAGAUCGCUGUGUGUACAACACGUCCCGAUAUGACUUCAAACCGAACAUUACUGCGAACGGAAAAUACCAAACCACGGAUUACGUAAACUCGGGAACAUUCGUACAUGCAGAGUGCAUCGAACCAAAAGGUAUCCAAGGUUAUGAUUCUACUUGCACAGAUUCCAUUUGGGUUCCGGAAUUGCCGAAUUGCGAUGCAGACGUUCGUGCUGAGUUGGUUGAUGGACCCAAUAAAUAUUCUGGGCGUGUAGAAAUAAUUAUUGGGAAACAUCGCGGUACCGUAUGUGAUGAUACGUGGGACAACAAGGAUGCAUCAGUCAUUUGCAGAAUGCUUGGAUACGGGGGUGGAACAGCAUUUAUCAAGGCCCACUUCGGUCAAGGCAGUUCGAGUAUCCUUUUUGAUGACGUGCAGUGUAAUGGUACCGAAACAUCUAUCACGUCGUGUCGCCAUUCCGGUGUUGAAAAUCAUAACUGCGAGCACUCGGAGGAUGCCGGAGUUAAAUGUAUCCCUAAAUGUGGCAAACAUCAAUCUACAGGACAAUACCCCUGGGAAGUGCGUGUGCAAAUACAACGCGAGAAGGCAGUAUCGAUUUGUGGUGGAACCAUCAUUGAUCAACGUUGGAUUCUUAGCACAGCACAUUGUUUUGCAGACAAUGAGACGCUUGGUGCCGUAACAGGCGUCAUUGUGCACGUUGGAUCUCAAGACUUAUUUCGACAUUUAAGACCUGAUCAGAUAAUAUUCCAUCCAAGCUUCAAUUCAACCAGUUAUGAUUAUGACCUUGCACUCUUGCUGAUGAAUGAUAAAAUUGUCAACGAGGAAGUUCAGCCAGCCUGUUUGCCGGAUGAAAGUAUUCCUUACAAUCUUACGGGGCUAAGAUGCCACGUCUCUGGAUGGGCAUUUGACCAAGGAAUUGCGACGGUGCCAUUAGGAGCUGAUGCAGCCAACAUUGAAGCUGCACUAUGCGUAAAUUUUGACAAAUGUGCUGCUGAGUUAGAGCAUGGUGUUAACGAUUCUGAACUAGUCUGGUUGAGGCUUAAGGACCGUGCCACGUACAUCAGCGGCUCAGCCACCAAGACCGUGGAGUUGGACUGUGAUGUGAGGGGCAAUCCCGAGCCCAACAUCACAUGGUAUAAGGUGGAUAGGGGAAAACGAGCACUCCUGGAUCUUACAAGAAGCAAGCUGUCAGAGAGGGUAGUGGUGGGCUAG